AUGCUCUGCUGUUCCGACUCCGAUAUUGGAAUAUCUCGAUUAAGUGAGUUGGGUAAACAAGCUAUACCGUAUCUAUCUCACGAAGUCUGUACCGAAGGUAUCAGAGCUACUCCAAAGAUCGCCAAGAGCGAUCAGGACCUACCUUUCCCAUCGACUUUGAAGGGCGUUCAAUCGUUCUUAGGAAGCCUGAAUUACUACAACAAGUUUAUCGAGGAUUUACCUGUAAUCAAGAAAAUCGCGAAGGGUUCAGACCGAUAUGUUUUAGACUCAAGAGACGUCCUUUAUCGUUUGGCUGCGCCUACCCCGGAACGUCCUAGGGACAAGCGUUCUGAACUUCGCCUAGUUGUACCAGAAGCCUUACGACCCGACAUCCUACACCACGCUCUCGAGGAUUUCCAGAGUGGCCAUCAAGGCAUCACCAGGACAUAUGAGCGUCUGCGUUCAGAGUUUUCUGGACCGGGAUGUUCCAAGACGUUGACAUGUUUGUCACAGAAUGUACGGAUUGUGCGUCCGCUAAGGGGCGAUCACCGAAUCGAGUACCCUCACCCGGGAAUAUUGAACCGAUCGGUCCAUUCGAAGUAG